AUGGCAUUGCAGAUACCUCCAGGCACUGAUUUGACCAAGGUCCCGCUGGCGGUGAAUCCCAGCGGAGCGCCGCCCAACUUUGUGAACCCUCCUUCUCUGAUUGGUACAGUCCAAGGUGUCGGAAUUUUCCUGGCAGUCGUUGCCUUUAGUAUGGUAUGUCUGCGACUGAGGAUUAAUGUGAAGCACGACCACAAGCUCACAAUAGAUGAUGUGUCUGUCGUGAUCGGCUUUGUGCUUGCGCUGUGCUACACGGGCAUGGUUUGUAGCAUGGGAAGCUCUUCACGACAUGCGUGGGAUACUCCAUUGAGUUCUAUUGGUCCUGUAUAUAUGAAGAAACUAUUUGCUACAAGUCUGUUCUACGGUCCAAUGCUCUUCUUCGCCAAAUCUGCAAUCCUAUUGCUGUACCUGCGAGCGUUCCGUCCAAAACACUGGCUUAGAGUUGGGGUAUAUGUCACGCUGGGUGUGCUUCUUCCAGCCUACUGGAUGAAUGGUAAACUUUCCAGUACCAUACACACUUUCGCAAGUGCUAACGGCGAUAGUGGGAAUGGGGAUUGCUUGGUUCAUCUCGCAAGCCCAGGGUUUGUUCAAGCAGGUGUCAAUAUCGCGGCAGAUCUCGCUAUUUUCUUCCUCCCGCUUCCAAUCAUUCUCAAGCUUCAGAUGCCAAGAAGUAAGAAGAUUGCGCUGUGUGGUGUAUUCGCGACUGGAAUAUUUGCACUCAUUGCAAGCGCCCUGACAGUAUAUUAUCGAGUACAAAUUAUACACAAUCCUGAUUCAACUUGGUCUACUGCUCAGACAUAUGUCUGCAUUCAAGCCGAAGUCUACGCUACUAUAAUGGUUGCCUGUAUGCCUUCAUUUGCGAGGGCAUGGAAUGUCUCAUUCAAAGAAACCAAGUUCUACACAUCUGUACAAUCACUAUUCACUAGUGUCAAAGGGACACAGAACUCCACUGGAAGCAGUCGCAAGCAGCCAAACCUGAGUGAAUCGACUUCCAACCUAAAGAACGACUCACGAUACCUCGAGCUUCACAGUGGUAGCCAUGAGAGCGAAGUUCGUACCCAGACGAGCAACCUUUCGAAAACAGAUCCGGGGAUUUAUCGAAUGGUGACCGUGAAUAUCUCGUCUGAGACAGCCCCAAUCUAUAAAGUACCACACCAUUAA